AUGAGUCCAUUGUCUCCACCAUGUUCUUAUAUUCCAAAAGAAAAAUCUCCACAUUCAAUAUCUAGUCUUGAUGAAAAUGAAAUAGAUGAAGUUCGAAAGAAGUUAGAUCAUCUUCAAUCAUUACUAAUACAAACUACUGCAAAGAAUACUGAAGAAAAUGGAGAAAAGAUUGAUGAUUCAUGUCAAAAUUUGCCUAAUUAUGCUACAUUUUCAGUGAAACAAUCACAUGAAUAUGCAGUGAGAAAUUGGUUACUAUCAAAUUUCAAUCAUAUUUAA